ACAUCUCCUUCUUUUCACCUUUAUUUCCAUUCCUUUGAUAUAAAUAUAUUCAAAAUGUCCUCAGAAACACCAAGCUGCAAAGUCGUCCUCGCCAAAAACAUAGCCAAUGGCCUCCUCCAAGAAGUCCACGAAGGACUCAAAACCCUAACCAAAAAACCGCAUCUCGUCGGAUUUCUGGCCAAUUCUGAUCCUGCUGCGCGCAUGUAUGCUGAUUGGACUGAGAAGACGUGUCAUGAAAAUGGCUUCCGCUACACCCGCCGCGACGUCGACAAAGAAGAAAUCGAAGAGGCCAUCCUAUCCGCCAACGCCGACGACGGCAUUGACGGUAUUAUUGUGUAUUAUCCCAUCUUCAAUAACCGUCAAGACCAAUACCUGCAACAAAUCGUGGAUGUAUCCAAGGACGUCGAAGGGUUGAGUCAUCGCUACGUGUUUAAUAUGUAUCAAAACAUUCGGUUUUUGGAUGAGAACGUUCCUGCCGAUGGUAGUAGUUCCGUGGGGGGUACGCAGAAAUCGAUUCUGCCAUGUACGCCACUUGCGAUUGUCAAGAUUUUGGAAUAUUUACGGGUUUAUAAUACUAUUCUACCCUAUGGGAAUCGGUUGCACGGACACACGAUCUGUGUUGUGAAUAGAUCCGAGGUUGUCGGAAGACCACUUGCGGCCCUACUUGCCAACGACGGCGCAUGUGUCUACAGCGUCGAUAUCACAGGCGUCCAAAAAUUUACUCGUGGCGAGGGUCUGAAGAAACGACGCCAUGAAGUCGAGGAUCUAGAAGGAUGGACAAUCAAAGAUGCCGCGCCGUUAUGUGAUGUGGUUAUUACUGGUGUUCCAGGAGAUUCAUACAAAUUCGAUACCUCGCUAUUGAGAUACGGAGCGGUUUGCAUCAAUUUUUCAAGUGAGAAGAAUUUUGGGCCGGAAGUUAAGGAGAAAGCGUCUAUUUAUGUGCCGUCGAUUGGCAAAGUUACUAUUGUGGUAUUGUUGAGGAAUUUAUUGAGGAUUGUUCAGAACCGUGCUGCUGGACAGGCAGCUGGAAAAGUAUAGAUUUUUGUUAUGUGGAAGAUUGGUUUAUGAUGUUGUAUAUUAAUAAGAAAAUGCGUCAUGGUAUAGAUUUCAAUUCGACUUAUGCUGAUAUGAAGCUCCUAAACUAACAGAAAACUAAACAAUUUCCCCCGAAUCCUUGAUAUCACUUCUUCCCCUUCCUCUUACUCCCAGACUCAUCAACACCAACAAGCCCCGAAACAUCCCCCGUCUUCUUCAACGUCUCCCUCUCCGCUUCCCUUAGCACAUCAACCUCCCUCGCAAGCCAAGCCCUAAACGGUUCCGGAUGGAAUAUUCCCGUAGACGAAAACCAUGCCGUGAAGGGAGACUCAAUCUCCUUUUGUUGAAUGAUUUUGCCCUUGGAAGAGGUAUAU